ACCAAUUAUCCAAAUAUUUCAUAGUCUUUUCUAAUAUAUAACAAAAGCUUGUGAAAUGUACUGAUAACAAACAAAUUUUAAUGCUGCUUCAAAAGUCUAUUUACCACCCAUGAGGAAAUUUGUCCGUACCUUAUACAGUGGAAUACUUUCGUGAAGUUUAAGAACUGUCAUACUGAACACAAAACGGAAUGUCAGAGAUCUAGAAAUAUGGAUAACUGAAAGCACACUACCUCAAUUUCAUUUAAUGAGCGUGUUGACUUAAUAAACUCGAUUAAGCAUAGGCAAUGCUUCGGUAGGUAAAGACAAGUCCAUAACAUCCACGGUAAUCUGGCUCGUAUUUGACGUAUAGAAGUGCAAGUGAGGUUCAAUGAAAACAGGCACACAUGACUACGCAGAUCCGUGCUUGCGUCCUCUUGGCUCUCGCCACCAGCGCUUUCGCUGGCUACGCCGGCUAUGGCCACGGCUACGGCCUCGGCUACGGCGGCUACGGUCUUGGUUACGGUCUUGGCUAUGGCGGCUUCGGCUAUGGUCUUGGCCACAGCGGCUUCGGCUAUGGUCUUGGCUACGCCGGCUACGCCCCAGCUGUGGCCCACGUCGCCCACGCUGCCCCAGCCGUUGCCACCGUGGCCCACGCUGUCCCGGCCGUCGCCACUUACGCCGCUGCUCCAGCUGUGACCAAGGUCGCCACCACUUACCACGCCCCAGCUGUCACCACCGUUGCUCACGCCCCAGUCGCCACCGCUGUGGCUGCUCCAGUCGCUACCUACGCUGCUGCCCCAGCCUUUGCCGCCUACCACGCCCCAGCUGUGACCACUGUGGCCCACGCCCCAGUCGCCACCGCUGUCGCUGCUCCAGUGGCCACCUACGCCGCUGCCUACCACGCCCCAGCUGUGGCCACCUACGCCGCUGCCCCAGCUGUCGCCACCACCACCGUCCACCAUGCCCCAGCUGUCGCCACCGUUGCCCACGCUGCCCCAGCUGUCGCUGCCUACCACGCCGCCCCAGUCUACGGCUACGGUGUUGGCACCCUCGGCUACGGUGUUGGCCACUACGGUUACGGCCAUGGUCUCCUCGGCUAUGGCCUGAACUACGGCUACGGCCUUGGCUCUCCCUUCCACUACGGUGCUCUUCUCCGCAAGAAGAAGUAAACCCUUCAACUCUGACUCAUUCGAAGGAUCAAAAGAAGAGAAAUUACGAACACCCAGUCUUGUCUUGCUCCAAACGUGAGCAAAGACAGUUAAGAUGGAUAAAUAAAAUUGGUACGCACGGUAA